ACGUUUUACUGUUGCCGCUUGACGUUUUACUGUGGCUACAUUUUACUGUGACGAUUGCAAGGGCAAGUGAGUGGGUUGUCCGUCAUGCCAUCCAUAGAUAUGGAAAUAGAUGGUGCUGGUCAGCAGCAUGUGCGCAAGACUGCGAGGUACGAACCCAGAGAUGAGAGGUUCAUCGUAAGGGAGCGACAGUUUCGGCAGCAGUACAGUAAUGUCUACUAUAUGCGAUUACAACUCCUCCGGCCUGUGCUGAAGGAGAGGGUCCAAUCAACUUGGCCUGGCAUGCGAAUCUCCAACGUCCUCAACUUGGAAGAGGGUGUGGAGUGUGCAGUCAUUGGGACCAUCUACAAGCACAUGCAACUGAAGCCGUCGAUCCUUGAUGAAUACGCGAAAGAGCGAUCGAAUGUGCCGCUUGUCACUGCAUCGAAAUUUGUUAGGGAUGAUGACCACCUGAUUCUUGAAGAUGAGAGUGGGAGAGUGAAGCUUGUUGGCGAUGGUGUUGAUGUUGGAGGAUACGUCACUGGUGUGGUUGUGGGGGUACUUGGCCGGGAGACUGGGAGCGGGGAGUUCCACGUGUCGGCGUUGGUCGAAGCAGGACUUGCUCCUCAGCAGCCCUUGAACAGGACUCCUGCAGAAGAGGGAGGCGGACCGGUUUCGCCAAAGUACGUCGCGCUUGUCUCGGGACUAAAUGCAGGCAGCGAUGGAGGCAAUCCAUUGCUCAUUCAGCUGCUCGUCGACCACUUGUCAGGCUAUCUUGGUGGUGACGAGGACCAAGGCCAGAGUGCUGAGGUUGUCCGGUUGGUUAUCGCGGGCGAUUCCGUGCGGUUGCCGACCGAGUUGCUGGGUGGGAAGCCGGUCGUUGGUCGCGACCAAUCGAGGUUAACUUCUCCGAUAAAGGAGCUAGAUCUGGCACUAACAGAGCUGGCGGCAUCCAUGCCUGUUGACAUCAUGCCGGGGGCUAAGGACCCCGCCAACUUCUCACUGCCGCAACAACCACUUCACUCCUGUCUGUUCCCUGGUGCUCGGCAGUACUCCACAUUUUUCAGUUCGCCAAAUCCGCAUCAUUUUGAGGUCGACGGAGUCGUCUUUCUUGGGACGUCAGGACAAAAUGUGCAGGACCUGUACAAGUUUUCAGUGGCAGAGGACCGACUCGCGCUUGCGGAGAAAACCCUGAGAUGGCGACACUUGGCCCCCACGUGCCCCGAUACCUUGGGUUGUUACCCGUUCACGACAUCCGAACCAUUUGUGAUUGACAGCUGUCCACAUGUGUAUUUCAUUGGGAAUCAACCAGCAUUUAGCUCGCGGCUUAUCAAGGAGCCGGAGGGGCAGCAAGUUAGAAUCGUGUGUCUUCCAUGUUUCACAGAGUCAGGGACCGCGGUUCUUGUCGACUUGCGAACUCUCGAAUUAGGGCCCACUCGAGGUGGUACCGCCACCCAACCAUACACGAGGGAGGAGGAGGAGAAGAUGGCCGCCAUCCUGCAGGAGAGGAAGGAGAAGAAGGAGGCCAAGAAGAAGGCCUUGAAAGAAGAACAGGCGGCCAAAUUGAAGAAGAUGGAGGAAGAAAUGGCCAGGGAGAAGGAGAGGCUGAUAAAGGAAGAAGAGGAGAAGCAGAAGGAGGUGGAUGAAGAGGAGGAGGGACCACCACUGCAAAGGAGUGGGCAGCACAGCGGCCGCAGCAGUGAUGAGAUGGAGAAGAAGAUUUCGGAGUGGGUCGCCAACUUAUCCCUGGGUGAGGARGAAGAGGUUGCUAUGUACAUCCCCAAGGAUGAGCAAGAAGCCGCCAUGAAGAAAUGGGAAGCAGAAGAAGAUGUUCUGACGCGGCGGGCGAUGGAGGAYGAACARAGGAUGGCGUGGAAGCUYGCAGUGAUGAGGGAGAARAAGAGAAGARUGGAGGCGGCGAAUGCSGCAAUGCAGGAACUGGAGGAGGUGAGGGCUGCCGUAACAACACAAUUGAUUCCGCAAGUGGAUCUCCAACGUAAAGUGGAGAUCAUCGCCCAGAGCGUUGAGCGGUUAGCUAAAKKGCAAGAAAGGCACUUUGAGUUUAGUCGYAGCCAGGAGAUWUMUGUACGCUCRAUGCGAACRGGCUUACGGGAUUUUGCUCGCGAACUAGUAGGCGCUGUGGGAUCCGAGGUGAGUCAUCGCCUYGAGAAGACUGAGCGUUKUUGUGUCGGCGCCAUCGAAGGCGUCAAGGURGCCRCUCCCAAGGAGGAGGAGGCCSGUCCUYGCAGGGAGCCAGUCAAAGUCAAAUUCCMUGAUUCCUACAGUGGGAAAAGGGAAGAGAACUUUGACAAUUGGGARGCCAAYGUUAAGACCUAUGUGCAUUUGCAACAGGUCUCCCCGGAUCAGCAGGUCUUAAUUGCGAUCCAUGCACUUAGAGACGAGGCCGCCAGUUUCGCGAGAUCCCUUGUUCGUGCUGCCAACUGUAGUGACGAUCCAGUUGCGUACUCCUCAUUUACGUCCCUCACCGAAUUCCUGAAGUUGCUGCGCRAGCGAUUUGCUGAUGUCGCUCGCAGUGUCAAGGCCUCAGACAAGCUCCAAACCAUCCAUUCUCAAGAGUAUGUAGAGGGAGUCCAGGCAUAUUUCCGCCUAGAGAAGGAUGGGAAAGUGGAGAAGGUCCUCCACUCCCUGACUCUCCUCGUAGAAGACAGCCUCCCAUUUGAUAUUGUCUUGGGAAUGGAUUGGAGAGAGGCAGCCGGGGCGACGCUCCAUCUGAAGGAGCACGAGUGUAGGCUCCCUAGUUCCUCAGGCGAGGCUAAGACUGCCCGCCUGUUCCAUGUGUCAGGGGUAGAGAAUUCCUUGGCGCAUUGCUGCUUGAGUGCCCCCGCCAGAUUAGUGAAGAAGGAGAAAUUGAAUGAGCAGGUCUUUGUUGCCUAUGUGAGGCCAGUGACUGAGCCUACGGAAGAAAAACCGAUGGACCCUGCGAUUGCCAAGCUACUGGAAGAGUUCAAGGACCURACCGAGUCGCCGAUAGGAGUGGUACCGCGGCCCAUCCAGCACCGUAUGGAGAUAGAGCCUGGCAGUAGGACUCCUAAGGGCGCUGUAUAUAGGAUGUCCCCACGGGAGUUAGAGGAGCUCCUCGAGAAGGGUUGGAUUAGGCCCUGUUCGUCCCCUUUUGGAGCGCCUGUUCUCUUUGUUCCUAAGAAAGAGGGAGAGUUGAGAAUGUGCAUAGACUAUAGGGGUCUGAAUGCUAUUACAGUGAAGAAUGUUGAGCCACUGCCGAGGAUAGACGAUCUCUUAGAUCGAGUGCAGGGGGCCAAAUAUUUCUCUAAGGUAGAUUUAAAGUCCGGAUAUCAUCAAAUAGAGGUACAUCCUGAUGAUCAGUAUAAGACAGCUUUCCGGACUAGGUACGGGCAUUAUGAGUUUAUAGUGAUGCCCUUUGGACUAACCAACGCGCCARCUACRUUCYAGCGCUGUAUGAAUGAUUUGUUUAGGCCAUGGUUAGACAGAUUUGUCGUAGUUUAUCUAGAUGACAUUCUCGUGUUUAGUAGGACCCUUGAAGAGCACCAGGGUCAUCUCAGGCAGGUCUUGGAGAAGCUGAGGGAAGCUAACUUCAAGAUCAAUGCAAAGMAGUGCGAUUGGGCGAAGACCCAAGUUUUGUAUUUAGGCCACAUCUUAGACGGAGAUGGCGUUAAGCCAGAGGAUUGCAAGAUCGCAGCGAUUAGAGAAUGGCCCACGCCACGUACGCUGACAGAGUUGCGCUCGUUUCUGGGCUUAGCUAAUUACUACAGGAAGUUCGUGAGGAACUUCUCCACCAUCRCUGCGCCCCUUCGCAGAUUGUUGAGGAAGGAGACCAUCUAGAAGUGGGAUAAGGACUGCACGUCUGCCAUGAAGAAGUUAAAGCAGGCAUUAAUAGAGUAUCCAGUCCUUAAAGU